AUGGCAUCCAGUGAGGAAACACCACGCUCCCUAGCAGGCAAGGUGGCCCUCGUCACCGGCGCCGGGCGCGGCAUCGGUAAAGGCAUCGCACUCGAGCUAGCCAAGCGCGGAGCCUCCCUCGUCGUCAACUACAACAGCGCCGAGAAGCCGGCGCAAGAGGUCGUCGACGAGAUUUCCAAGACGGGCAGCCGCGCCGUGGCCAUCAAGGCCGACAUCACCAAGGUGCCCGAGGUUUCGCGCCUCUUUCAGGAAGCCCUCCGGCACUUUGGCCACCUGGACAUUGUGGUUUCCAACUCCGGCACCGAGGUGUUCAAGCCGGAGGAGGAGGUGACGGAGGAGGACUACGACCGCGUCUUCAACCUCAACACCCGGGCGCAGUUCUUCAUCGCCCAACACGCCUAUGUGCAUCUCCGGGACGGGGGCCGCAUCGUCCUCAUGUCGUCUGUCGCUGCGAACAUGUCGGGGAUUCCGAACCACGCGCUGUACGCGGGGAGCAAGGCCGCUGUUGAGGGGUUUACACGUAGCUUCGCGGUGGACGCCGGCCAUAGGAAAAUCACUGUCAAUGCCAUUGCGCCCGGGGGCGUAAAGACGGACAUGUAUGAUGCGAACGCGUGGCACUAUGUGCCGAAUGGCAAGCCGGGCAUGCCCAUGGAAGAGAUUGAUAAGGGCCUGGCAGCUUUUUGCCCGCUUGGGAGAGUUGCAGUUCCUCAAGACAUUGGGCGCGUGGUUGCCUUUCUUGCUCAUCCCGACAGCGAGUGGGUGAAUGGCCAGGUUAUCCUCCUUACUGGAGGCUCCGUCACCUAA